UCACCUGGUGACAUUUAGCUCCUGAUCCUUCUGCAGCUGUCUCUGAAGUGCUGCUUUUUACAAGCUUGUCUCAUCAUCCCUAGCUUGUGCUUAUUAGGCUGAAGUACUGAAUAUUUUGAACUUGCAAACUUAAUCAAUUUUAGAACAAAGUGGGAGGCCAUUAAACAUGACUUUUUCAUAUACUGGAAAAGGAAGCUGUAUAGAGACUGAGUGAAGAAAUUAAUAAGGUACCUUUGCAUUACGCCAGAUUGCACAUUAGUACAUCUGGAUCAUCAGAAGUGCCUAAAAGAAUCUGGGUGAAUGCCUGCUAUGUACAUUGAUUCAAUAUUUAGGUUGUGCUUCAAGAGAAGAGCGAAGAAUUCAUUUUCUUCUUGCCGCCAAAGUUGCAAUAGAAAUUGCUUAUGUUUAUUAAAAAUAUUAUGUGUAUUUGAAAAGAUGUAUUUUUGGUUGAAUAUGAAGUUUUGAAUAGGCCAAUGAGUACUCUCCUCAUCGAGGCAUUCUAUGGAGGCUCCCACAGACAGCUGGUAGAGCUGCUCCAAGAGGAAUUAGAAGACUGUGUCCUUUACACCCUUCCUGCGAAGAAAUGGCAUUGGAGAGCUCGAACCUCAGCUUUGUACUUCUCACAGAGUAUCCCCACCAGUGAGCAUUACAGGAUACUCUUUACAAGCUCAGUGCUUAACCUGACGGAACUGGCUGCUCUUCGGCCUGACCUGGGGAAAUUGAAAAAGAUUCUUUACUUCCAUGAAAAUCAAUUGGUAUAUCCUGUCAAGAAAUAUCAGGAGAGGGAUUUUCAAUAUGGAUACAACCAAAUUCUCUCAUGCUUAGUGGCUGAUGUGAUAGUAUUCAACUCAGUUUUUAAUAUGGAGUCAUUUCUGACUUCCAUUGGAAAAUUUAUGAAGCUAAUUCCUGAUCACAGACCUAAAAACCUGGAAAGCAUCAUCAGACCCAAGUGCCAAGUCAUUUACUUUCCCAUCAAGUUUCCUGAUGUGAGUAGAUUCAUGCCCAAGCACAAAAUAGCCCAUUUAAAGAAAAUGCUCAGCGGCAAUGGCUAUGGCGGUACUUCUCUAUCUCCAAUGCUUCCUACCCAAGCAGAGGGGAGAGAUGCUGAGAAUGUACUGGAAAAUUUGAAAUCUGAGUAUGAUGUACACUCUGGUCUCGAUACUGCACAAGAAAACCUGAACAACUCAUCAAGACAGCAAUCAGACUUGAAAAAUUCCAGCUCAUCAAAUAAUUCAAGCUUUCAUCUUGGGAAUGAAGAAAAUAUAACUUUUGAUCCCUGCAACCUUUUGUGUGGAGUUGAUGAUCAGCAAAAACCCUUGCACAUCAUAUGGCCUCAUAGGUGGGAGCAUGACAAAGAUCCAGAGAGCUUUUUUAAGGUAUUAAUGCAUCUAAAGGCCUUAGGACUCAAUUUCCAGGUCUCUGUUCUUGGAGAAACCUUUACAGAUAUCCCAGAUAUAUUUUCAGAGGCCAAAAAGGCAUUGGGAUCUUCGGUCUUACACUGGGGCUACUUACCCUGCAAAGAUGACUAUUUCCAAGUUCUGUGCAUGGCUGAUGUUGUCAUCUCAACAGCUAAGCAUGAAUUCUUUGGAGUGGCAAUGUUGGAAGCUGUAUACUGUGGUUGUUACCCACUCUGUCCCAAAGAUUUGGUUUAUCCUGAAAUAUUUCCAGCUGAAUAUCUGUAUUCUACACCUGAACAGCUUUCAAAAAGGCUCCAGAAUUUCUGCAAGAGACCAGAUAUUAUAAGAAAACAUCUUUAUAAGGGUGAAGUGGCUCCGUUUUCUUGGGCAGCACUACAUGGUAAAUUCAGGUCUCUGCUCACAGCAGAACCUAGGGAAGAUUUGUGACAGAUGGGGCUAAGUCACAAACUUGCAGCCUAAGGCAGAAUCUGAAGAACUUUCCAGAGUGUGCCCAUAUUUACCUGAUCAGAGAGAAAAGAAAAUCUGCAGAGGAAGCUGAGCCUGGCUGCUUGUCAUAGCUGACACAGAGCCAUCUGCCACAAACCUGUGGCGGCUUCAGAUCUCCAAUCCCUGCCACCACCCCAACUCAAAUUAAAUACAGAUUCCUAGAGACGUUAUGAUGGUUACACAUGUCCUCGGCAUCACAUGUAGGAGACUGUUCAAAAAAAAAAAAUGUGGCCUGUUGUAUAACCGCACUCAUGUAUCCCAUAUGUGGUGCCACAUUGAAUUUCCGGUUGAAACCGUUUUUAUCCUUUGUACUGGAUGACAUGGUGCCUGAAUUCUUUCUUUUUGCCGACAUGAUGGCAGCCAAACUGCAGCUUCAAACACUCACACUUGGCUGAGUUUCUACCUGGAUUGCCAGGUUAUCACUGGGUCCUUCUUGUGUCCUCAAAGGGCCACAGGGCCUAAAAGGAGGAGCAGAAUGCUCCCAGACUAAUUGGGCAGCCAUCUCAAAGCUGCUUACAGGCAAAGGGCUGCUUUAGCACUUUUCUUUUAGCAAAUUAAUGACUCUCUGGCACAGGAGUUUUUAAGUGAAGGUAUUAAUAAGGGGUCUGGCAGGUAUUCCCAUGAUUCACAGAGUUUCAUUUGCAUUUAAUUAAUCUUAGAAAAAGUUGCAAGAUAAACAGCUGUAAUUCGGACAAACAUAGCAGAUACAGUGACUGAAGCGCCUCAUCCAUAAAAUGAACACUGAGUUACUUCUUUUAAUUUUUUUCCAGGAGUAAAAAUAGAGAAAUCAAAAUAACUUCUAACAAAACCCAUAAUUUGGUACAAAUAUUCUUCAAAAAUAUUUGCAUCUAACUACAAAUACCAUCUUUUCAAGAUAAAUCACUUAUGAUUCAAGUAGUCAAGCUGCUCUAUUUGUUGAUGUAAAAAUGUUUUGAAUGGCUAGAUUGUAAAAUAAAUUUUUAAUAAAGUACCCACUGCAAUUUUUAA